AUGAAACCACUGAUGAACAACAUCCGUAACCAAACGCAACGUGCCGAUGUUUUAUUCGUUUGGACCGAUUGCGAUCGAGAAGGCGAGGCGAUUGGUGGCGAUCUCGCCGAUUAUUGUCGAACGAUCAAACCAGGCAUAUCUGUAUGGCGAGCACGCUUCUCAGCCAUGCAACCAGCGGAUAUUCACCGAGCCGCUCAACAGCAUGAUAUAUUAGAUAUGAAGCAAAUAUCAGCAGUACGAGCGCGAUCAGAAUUGGAUUUGCGUAUUGGCGCAGCAUUCACUCGUUUUCAAACCUUACAGUUACGGUCGUAUUUUCAAAAUAGCAACGACAAAAAGGUGCUCAGUUAUGGCAGUUGUCAGUUUCCCACCUUAGGUUUCGUUGUGGAUCGUUAUCUACAGCAUGAAAACUUUGUACAAGAAGAAUUUUGGAAAAUUCAUAUGGUUUAUACUGAAGAGCGGGAAAAUGGCGAAGCACCGUUGUCGACCACUUUUAAAUGGAGAAAAGAACAUGUAUUUGAAAGAUGGGCUUGCUUUCUAUUCUAUGAGAUGUGUUACGAAGCAAAAAUUGCUCGAGUAACCAAGGUGAAUGCCAAGGAAACGCAAAAAUGGAAACCCUUGCCGUUGACGACAGUGGAAUUGCAGAAAACAGCUUGUCGUGCCUUACAUAUGUCAGGUGCAGAAAUCAUGACAGUAGCAGAAGGACUUUAUACUCAAGGUUUUAUUAGUUACCCUAGAACCGAAACCGAUCAAUUUGAACCGGGUUUUAACUUUACCGCUUUGAUCGAGAAGCAAAUAGACGAUCCUGAAUGGGGACAAUAUGCACGAAUUCUAAAGGAUGGAGAAUUCCAAAGACCCCGAAAUGGGAAAAACAAUGAUAAAGCCCAUCCGCCUAUCCAUCCUACGGCGUACACAAAUUCGCUCACUGGAAAUGCCAAAAAGGUGUACGAAUUCAUUACUCGUCGUUUUUUAGCAUGUUGUUGGAAGAACGCUAUAGGUCAUGAAACAUCCAUCGAGGUACAGAUGGGACCAGAGUUUUUUGACGCCAAAGGUUUAGUUAUUCUUGAAAGAAAUUAUCUGGAAGUCUACCCAUAUGAUAAAUGGAAAGGAAACGUUAUACCCGAAUUUCAAGAAGGAGACGAAUUUGUACCUGCGACAUUAGAAAUGGUAUCUGGUCAUACCACACCACCCAACUUGCUGACGGAAUCUGACUUGAUUGGUAUGAUGGAAAAGAAUGAAAUUGGUACAGACGCCACUAUUGCCGAACAUAUCCAAAAAAUUUUGGACAGAGAGUAUGUAUUUAAACAGGGACCGUAUUUCAAGCCUUUAACAUUGGGUAUUGCAUUGAUUUUGGGCUACGAUCAAAUCGGUUUCGAAUUUAGUCUCAGUAAGCCCUUCAUGAGAAGAAAGGUGAGGAAAACCAACCUUACUAUUUUUAUUUGUGCAGCUUGCUUCGACUUACACCACCUUUUUCUCAUGCUUCAUUAG